CUAUGACGUAGCCGUACUUGUCUUUGUUGGUCUUUCUGGAAACAAGGCAAAGUUUCAGUUCUGGCCAUUCUUCCACGUUUGAGAAGUUUUUGUGCUUUGUUCUGGAAUAGACAGACUGCACCAUGAUCAAGGCUAUUCUGGUCUUCAACAACUCGGGAAAGCCUCGCUUGACGAAGUUUUUCUCUCGCUAUUCGGAGGAGGACCAGCAACAAGUUAUUCGGGAGACCUUUCAGCUGGUGUCCAAACGAGAAGGAGAUGUUUGCAAUUUUCUGGAAACAGGAUCGAGCUUGCUUGGAUCUUUGGAUUACAAGCUAGUGUAUCGGCAUUAUGCAACCCUGUACUUUGUCUUCUGCGUGGACUCGAGUGAAAGUGAUUUGGGAAUUCUGGACCUGAUUCAAGUAUUCGUUGAGUCAUUGGACAAGUGCUUCGAGAAUGUAUGCGAGCUGGACUUGAUCUUUCAUGUGGACAAAGUGCAUUACAUCAUCAACGAAAUGGUGAUGGGUGGAAUGGUGCUGGAAACAAGCAUACGGGAGAUCGUCGAGGGUUAUCAACAACAGAUAAAGUUUGAAAAGGAAGACAGAGGUGCUGCGGCUGUUCAUGCUGUGAAGGCCGGCGUGGCUUCAGCUCCCACAAGAGCAGUGGCUGCGUUUAACACUGUCAAGCAAACUGUACACCAGAAGUUUUAGCUCAUCUCCGAUUGCUGCAGUCUAAUAUCCCCAAUGUACAUAUGUCCAUACUUUAAAUCAUGUCGUAGACUACAGUAUGUAUGGUUGUGUGUGUGUGUGUGUGUGUGUGUGUGUGUGUGUGUGUGUGUGUGUGUGUGUGUGGUGUAUGUGUGUGGUGUAUGUGUGUGCAUGCAUGUGUAUGUGUGUACAGGCUUUUGAUUGUACUUGUAAUCAUAAUUGUAUUCAUAGCUAAUGAAAAAAUUGAAUUAACACGUGUAUGUGUCAUGAAAGCUCAUAAAACACAUACGCUCACGGUAUGUCUUAUUCUUUAUUUUUCAUUGCACCUUUUUUGCUGACUUUUUGCUUUCAACAAUUUUCAGUUUCACUGUACAGUCAUGUACAUUGUACUAGCUGCUAGUAGUACUAGUAGUCUAGUACUCACAAUGUUGACUAAGAUAGUAGAUUGUGGAUCCUACUGCCUGUGGAUUUCUAAUGUUUGACAAGAUUGUAA